GGAGCUACUUCAAGCUUUCGGUUUCUCGGGAUAUAUAACAUUAGAAUGCUAGCAUCCGUAACAUUUGGAGUAAGGUGUCUAACUUAAGGUGACCAUUACGCUCUAGCGUCGACGUUUGUUGGAACGCAUAAAUGGACGAAUACCAAGAGGACUGAUUCGGAAUUGUUGUCUGGAAAAAUGUGGCUGAAACGGUGUGUCACACGCAGUUCCAUGGUUGCUUGGAGACCUGGAGGAAUGCUGGGAUGUAGAAUGUGGAUCCUCUUCAUCCUUGUCCAUCUCACAAUGGAUCUGUCUCUGUGUGCACAAGCAGGCCAAGGACUCACCCUCAAACUACUGCCCAGAUCAGUGCCCCGCUGGCAGCCGCACCCUCUGCCCACUCGGGACACGCUUACCGGCCAGCACUUGAGGACUCUGGGUGUCUUGCAUCGUGGCAUUCCCCCUCCCUUGCCAUCACUAGGCAAUCACGGGGAGCUGGGGGGCGCCAAACUGUGGGGGCGGAAAAACCGCAGGUCACUCCAAAAACGACAACUUUGCGCGGAGUGCCCCUCUGACAAAGGGAAGUCGGUUGCAUUACCAGAGGGGAGUAAAUCUGAUUUAAAUCUGCAUUUAUCUCGCUCACGGAGGCAGCUGAAAGGGGACGGCUAUGACUCCCUGGAGGGGAGAACCACCACAGUGGCAGGAUUUAUUGACUGGGGCCCUACAGGGGCUGACGAGGGGCAUGAGGAGGAGGCGAAAGUGACCCCGAAUGCCACCGUCACCUCUUUAGCCCCUUCCACCACCACAGUUACCGUAACUAGCACUACCAUACGCAGCCCCCAAAGGACGUAUGCGGUGAUUACAACCGCGCAUCCUAAGAGGCACAGCACCACACAGCCAAGCAACUCCAGAGUGACUGCCAAACCACCGAAACCUUUUGGGGACACACCAGGUCUGGCUGUUCACCAGAUCAUCACCAUCACUGUGUCCCUCAUCAUGAUCGUUGCAGCCUUGAUCACUACUCUAGUCCUUAAAAACUGUUGUGCGCAGUCCGGGAAUGGCCGACACAGCAGCCAUCAGAGAAAGAUCAACCAGCAAGAGGAGAGCUGUCAAAACCUGACUGACUUCACGCCCGCCCGCGUGCCCAGUAAGGUGGACAUCUUCACUGCCUACAACGACAGUUUACAGUGCUCGCACGAGUGUGUGCGGGCCGGCAUACCGGUGUACACGGACGAGAUGAUUCAGCACACACCCAUCUACAAGACCUCCUACAAUGGAAACAGACCGUCGCCCACUGAAAGGCAGCUAAUCCCUGUGGCCUUUGUGUCUGAGAAAUGGUUCGAGAUCUCCUGUUGAGGCCCUUUUACUACCUUUGGGUUGAGCCCACGUCUUCAAUUUGUGCCCUGGAUCUCAUUGGAAAACCUGUGAAUCGAACACAAAAGACUAAAACACAAUAAAGCAAAACAAAACCACAAGAACAACAACGACAAGCAAUUACAGAGACGGGAAGCGAGACGAACAGGCAGUUUUGUACAAAUGUCGGAUCUCUCUAGAAGCAGACUGAAGAUGUUUAUUUUUCUAGACUGAUGCAGUGCUAUGGAUACCACUCCCAAAUUAUUUUCCAUAGACAUGUGAUCAUUUUAGAGAUGAUAUACCUAGAGUUGAUAUAUUAUAUACGUGUAUUACUGCACAUGUGGGUGUGCUGGAGAGGAGAGGCUGCGGGGACGCUCUCUGACACGAUACGUCUGCUUGUGUGGAGAAAAGACUCUCCUGAACUUUGUGCCAAUAAUGCCAUUAUGUGCCACUACAUAUAUAGAUGGGACGCGUUCAGUUUUGUGGAAAAUUACAGACACAUCAAGUAAUUUCAGUGACUGUCUCCCAAUAUAAAUCUGUCAUCCGUUUUUGUAUAAAAAGUAUGAAUAUGUAUUUGAAAUAUGUUUUGAAAUAGCUGAGGAAAUGUGUUACAAAUGUCCAAAAAAAUAUUUAUAUGGAGCACUAUUCAUUUAGAG